UCUAGUCCCAUAUAUCUUGUACUUGAACAGUUAAACUAUACGUUUUUAUAAAAUUUAAUAUAUCGAUCAAAAUCCCGUAGAUAUCACUAAGCUUAAGAGCUGUAUAUAGACUACCAUGAUUACGGUUCCCGCACAUAUCUUACAUAUUCCACUUUUUCUUUUUUUUUGUUUCCCGCGAGAGAAGAGACUUGGUUUCUUAUACCGUCUCGCACUCGCUCUCUCUAGCUCUCAAUGGAGUUUAAUUCGGUUGUUGAAUCUCUGGAGAACCAAAGCAUUCUAGUUACUGGUGCAACUGGUUUUCUUGCUAAGCUUUUUGUGGAGAAAUUGCUCAGGGUACAACCUAACGUGAAGCAACUUUUUCUUCUUGUAAGAGCUCCCAACUCUGCAUCUGCUGCUCGGCGUUUCAAUAACGAGGCGUCAGGAGAGGUGUUCAAGGUUUUGAGAGCUAAACACGGUGUAAGAUACACCACUUUUAUCUCUGAGAAGGUGACACCAAUCCCCGGCGAUAUAUCUCUUGAAAACUUGGGGAUCACUGGAUCUAAUUUGAUUAAUAAAAUAUGGAAAGAAGUUGAUGUUGUUGCUAAUUUUGCCGCAACUACAAAAUUUGAUGGAAGAUAUGAUGAUGCAAUUCUUACUAAUACUAUGGGAGCUAAGCAUGUUGUGGAGUUUUCCAAGAAGUGUGAAAAGCUGAAGUUGCUGCUCCACGUAUCAACAGCAUACGUGUCACGUGAGACGUCAGGAUUGAUAUUAGAGAAUCCUCUAAGAAUGGGUGAAACACCGGACUUGGACAUUGAAUUAGAGAUGAAGCUUGUUUCAGAAAGGCUGAAUGAACUUAAAGCAAAUCAAGUUUCCCAAGAAGAAGAAAUGAUCGCCAUGAAGGAGUUUGGCCUUGAAAGGGCAAGGUUAUUUGGAUGGCCAAAUACAUAUGUGUUUACAAAAGCAAUGGGAGAGAUGAUUAUUGGUGAAUCAAAAGGACAUGAUCAUAAAGUUGUUGUACUAAGACCUGCCAUGGUUACUAGUACUCUCAAAGAGCCGUUCCCUGGUUGGAUCGAAGGCGUUAGGACCAUUGACAGUAUCUUCCUUACUUUUGCUAAAGGGAAAUGUAAAUGCGUUCCAGCGGAUCCUCAGACCGUCAUGGAUGUGAUCCCUGGAGAUUUGGUGGUGAAUGCGGCAAUAGUUGCAAUGGUUGGUCAUGCAAACAAGCCAUCUGAUGGUGAUGAUAGGCAGUUCAUAUACCAUACUGGUUCGUCUGCAAAAGCACCAUUGCAUAGCACUAAGUUGAUACAUUAUGCUUACCAAUAUUUCUCUAAGAAUCCAAUGAUAUCAGCACCUUCGAAGGGGGAAAGUUUUGGGAAACCUAUCAAGAUUGCUUACCCUAUCAUUUUCCCCACCAUGGCGAGUUUCUUAUUCUUCUUCUAUGUCACUUGCGUAUUUCCGGUCAAGGUCAUGUUGCUGCUGAAUACAUUAUUUGGCGAUCAUUUUCAUGAUAUAUGUAGCACUGCGGAACGGAAGAUUAAACUCCUUUUACGAAUGAUUGAGCUUUAUAAACCAUACGCAUUGUUUAAAGGAAUCUUUGAUGACUCGAAUACGGAUAAGCUAGGAAUGGAGGUUAGACUGAAUGAAGCUGAGGCAAAUACAUUUUACUUUGAUCCCAAAUGCAUCAACUGGGACGAUUACUUCAUGAACAUUCAUAUCCCAGGUCUUGUCAAUUACGCAUUUAAGUGAUAAUACGCGCGUUGGACAAAAAUAAAAAAAAAGAUAAUGAUCCGAGAUAAUAAAAAGGAGCCCCGUACAUAUGUACUUGCAAUAAACUCCAUCUGCCUGUCCAGGAUGAUUCAUGAUGUAUUUGUUAAACGAGUUUUCAUAUUAUUUUGUUA